AUGGGCUCAAACGAAACAGAAACGGCGACCGUCCUUUCGAACACAACCAGGUCAGUGUUUUAUUGCUCACACGCACCACACCUAGUUUGGGAUUUACAUGACACUACUUCUCCUUGGGUUUUUGCCGUAGUCUCAUCUAUAAUCUCUCCAACUGUGGUUCUUUUAAACGCACUAAUAAUCAUAGCAGUAAAGCGAAGGAAAGAACUCCAGAGAGCUUCCAAUAUCUUGCUAUCAAGUAUGGCCGUUACAGAUCUUCUAGUAGGAAGUUUAUGUGUACCGUUAUCUGCUGUGGUCGGACUGUUAGUUUCUUAUCAAUUACUGGCCGACCAUUACAUUUGCAAGUUGGACUUUGUAGCGAUAUCGGUCACGACCACUCUUACGGCUUGUUCGAUUUUCCAUCUGACAAUGAUUGCUUGGGAAAGGUACGUGGCCAUUCGAAAAUGGAUUGACUACAAAGUUAUAGUGACUAGAAGCCGGUUGAAAAAGCUGGCGAUAAUAGCUUGGGUAUCAGCAAUAGUAACUGUAUCUCCACUACCCUUAUUGGUGAUCACGGGGAUCAUGAGUGAAAAUGCUAUGAUUUUAGCGUCGGAGAUUUUCCACACCGUUCUUUCAGUUUCGGUAAUGUCUGCCCUGGGACUUAUCGUAUAUUUUUAUGUCAUGGUGUACCUUGGGGUUCGCAAACGUAAAUUAAGUCAAAUUCACCAAGUCAGCGAGUUAGUGAACGCAAAACUUGAACGCAGAGUUGCUAUGACCACUGCUUUAGUUACGGUUGCCCUAAUUCUUUCGUUCUUCCCAAAUGCUCUUAUUGGUAUGUUGGAAGGAGUUUAUCCAGUUCUUCUUAAACAUUGGGUGAUACGUUUAAUGGACACACUUCUGUAUUCAAAUUCCGUAGUUAACCCACUCAUUUACUGCUACAGAGACUGUCGUUUUAGGAAAGCCGUUCUCGAGAUUUUAAAGAUCAGAAAACCGGAAAAGGGGCCUUCAGUUGCUUAUGAUGUAGUACGAUCCGUCAGACGAAAGGAUUUGCUUGGUUCGGUCAUAGAUACCGAAGUACAGAUACAAAAAAUACAAAACCAAGUUCUUUUAACAAGAUCAGCAUCCUGUGAUUUGGUCCUGUUCACAGAUCAAGCUCGGUUCGACUCUCACCAAACAUCGUUAAAAAGAACUAUGUCAACUCCGUCUCUUCAUAUAAAACAUUUCCACGACGACUGAUUAAUUGCAACUACCAGCCCAACUUUGUGAUCGGUACUGCAUUAAUCCACGUAUAAUAAUGCCUGACGUCCGAGCUUACUGUUAAUUCACAGCAGUGUAAAGCGGGCACGAGUUUAUCAGUUUUUAUCGUAAGUGCUAAGUGUUGCCAUCUGCAAAAGAAGAGGUCGAUGGGAAGUAAAACACAAACAAACAAACAAAAGAACUGAAAGAUAUAUUCAUUUACCCUCGGCUAGGAUGACAUUUCGAGGGAUCUGAUUCAUCAGUAUAAUAAUUGAGCUCUCAACUAGCAUUUUUUAAAACAGUUUCUAUCGGGUGACAUUGUAGUGCGAGCUUGGUUGGUCAGUGUCUCUGCGGCGUUUUACUUUCCCGUCAUUGGCACAUCACCAAGUCUAGGAGAUGACAAGGUCUUACUGGACCAUCUAGGGUCAUGAAGUUGAGCAUAUUCCAACUUUCGAAAUUAUAGCGAUAAGCCCCCCAUGAAAAUUUCUCACUGCAAAAUCUGGCAGAUUCUUUGGAGGGGUCCUAACAGCAGUUCAAACUUAGAAAAUGAUAUUAAUACUUCUCGAAAAGAUUAUUAUGUACUCUUGGCGGUGACGGCUUAAUACCCGUACUGACGUACAAAACGAUUUUAUAAUUCCUGACUCUAGUAAUUUUGCAUCAGGAGACAGCCCUCCAAUGCCAAAAAUGGUUCCGUUGCGAAAGAGUUUCGACCAUCAUUUAAAUGACCAUGGCAAAAUCCUACUUGAAUAGUGCAAAUCUCUUGUUAUAAGAAUCUCAAAUGGCAGAUACAAAGGUGACUCCUUGGGAAAAAUUACCUUUCAUGGCCAGUCGACUACAUAUUAGCUAGCGAUGAAUUAAUAGGCAUAUUUCAAAAUUUUCUAAGUUGUUCGUCAACCUUCAUCUUUUUCGGAUCACUGUCAACUAGUCGGCUGGACACUCCAACAAACUCACCUUCGGAUAACAAGCAAGAACUUGUUACUCUCCUAAGACAAUUUAAAUGGUCCCUUGAUUCUAAAGAAAAAUUUAUGUUGGCCCCACACUGAAUCCGCUGAGUAAGAGCGGCUAGGGCUUAUUUCCGACUUCAUUAAUAGCGACUAUGAACAUUUAGAUGUUGAUGCGGCUGUAAACGGAUUUGUGAAAAAUUUACAUUUUGCAGCAAAAAGAUAGUUAAAUCUGGUUAAAACAAAGAAGAAAGAAAAACGAAUAUGCCAACCAUGGUAGGAUAGCGACUGCCACGCUCUGAAAAAGAAACUUAAACAUAUCUCAAAUCAAAAGCAUAAAGUACCUU